AGUCGUACUGCAUUUUUUGGUGGAGCAACAGAGUCCUGACUUCCGCGUGCGUUCCGUGUGCUGUGUGAGCGUGAUGUUGAGUGAAGGGUGUAUGGGUCAAAAUCCGCGAUAGGUGCAAUGCAAAUCAACCCCCCGCCGCAAGGGAUGUUGACCCUUGUGACCGUACUCGUGUUUGUGGCCCUUGGGGAAGGCUCAAUGAUGAGCUUCGAGGACAGUGUUUGGGACUCCCCGCCGUACUUUGACGACUCCACAGUGCGCGAAGUAACCGCGGCGGCGGGAUAUCCGGCAAUGCUCAGGUGCCGCGUGCGCAACAUCGGUGAUCGUGCUGUAUCGUGGAUUCGACGUCGUGAUCUUCACAUCCUCGCCAUUGGCAUCAUGACCUACACCAACGAUCCGCGCUUUCAGGCUGAACACUCUGAAGGCUCCGACGAUUGGACACUCAAAAUUCGCUCAGCUCGUCCCGCGGAUUCUGGGGUUUAUGAGUGUCAGAUUUCCAUUGAUCCCAAAAUCAGCCUUGGGAUUCAUCUCAAUGUUGUUGCCAGUCACGCACGUAUCCUUGGUGGGCGUGAGGUUUUUGUACGACGUGGUAGUGAUGUCAAUCUCACAUGUCUUGUGGAGACCGCUCCAGCACCCAUUGAGCUCCAUUGGGCCCGCAACGGUCGACCGCUGGAUUUCUCACAGCGCGGCGGAAUGAGCAUCCUGUCGGAGCGUCGUGCACGCACCAGCCAGUUGCUCAUGAGUCGUGUCUCACCACGCGACGCUGGCAACUACAGUUGCUACCCAAUGGGAAAUAGUGGUACUGAUGCCGCUUUUGUGCUCGUUCACGUGAUAAAGGAUGAAAAUAGUGCCGCCAUGCAGCACGAAUCGUCAGCAAACUUUCCACAUCACGCUUCCAUACCAAUUGGAUUUGCUGUUGGUAUUUGUUCAGUGCUUGGACUCUUGAUGAGGUGAUAAUUGUAAAAUAAUUAAUUACGAGUGAGUUUUGUCGGUGAGAAGAAAAACUUUUCCUAAUCUCACAAAUUGAAAAACUUUUUACGGAAGGUGUGCGUCUUUUCCUAUCCCCCAUUCAUCCAAGUUAGACUACGUGGUCAUUGAAUGAGAUUCUUCAGACUAUCAUCCAUAUGAAUUAACAUACUGAUUGUUUAGUUUUAUUUUACGAAAAAAAAAAUUGUUUAAAUGAAUUUCUUUAUAUUUUCACAUGUUUUUAUUAUUCUUAUUAUUUACCAGUUUUAGGCUUUUCUUUGUUAGAAAUUAACACAUCCUUGAUAAGCUCGAACCUUGAUAAAAUCGAGAGCUUUGCGUGUUUCUUUGAACUCUAUACAUAAACUUUUAAUCAUACCCAAAAGGGCGGGAACUUAAAAGCUCUAUACUGAAUGUAAAGAUAAAAAAGAAUUUAUAUUUUUUUGAAAUGAGAAGUUUCUUUUGGAAAUGAAUUUUGUUAAAUCAUUCUUUUGAAAUAUUUUUUAAUGAAAGAAAGUUGCCCAAAAUUGUCCAGAUAAAAUGCCUAUAUUUUAAAGUUUUAAAACUAUUGAGUGAAUAUAACCCUGAAUAGAACAAAGGACGUUUUGUACAAUUUAUGGUGGAACAGCUCGUUUUAUACACAAAAAUAUUAUAAAGUCAUUCGACAGUUUUACAUGCAAAAAUCACUUAAUAUUCCAUCAAAAAAACUCUAAAAUUUAUUAAUUUUUUUUGUAUUGAAAAAGAUGGUGUGGAAUAGGUCACGUUUGAUGUAAUAUUUUUUGUAGCAUCCUUGCGUUCUGAUGUGACGCACAGAUUCUAAAUAGAACAGUUUAAUAGGCAAUUUCCUGUCCUACAAUUUUCACUGUACCACACUUGCUCUCUCUCUUAUCUCUAUCUAUCUCUUUCGGGAAUAUGCGCUUUUUUUGAGCUUUUCCGGAGUUCUAUGUAAUCCACCAUUCCACCUCACUUUCCUCUAUUAAUAAAUUGAUUCAGAGUCUGAAAUAGAAGGGAUUAAUUGAAAGGUAAUUCCAUAUAUUUCAGAAUGGUGGGGGAAAUCGCAAUUUAAUCAUAUUUAUUUCUAUAGAAAUGACCCAGGUUUCAUUGAACUGAAUGAAUUCCUAGGGAUGGGAAUAUUUCUGAUUUAUCUAGAUAUUCUAAAAUUUAAAAAAAAGUUAUCUAGAAAUUCUAAAAUCAUUUGCAGUGAAAUAAACCAAAGGGUAUAAUUCACUAUUAGUUCCGGUUUUAUAGUGUUUUAAGCUAAGCCUAAAUUAUUUGAUCUAGACCUUAUGCCUUAGUUUUCUAAAAUCAGGAUUUAGAUUUUUUUUCGGUCGGACUUAAGUUUUUGUAAGUCAGGCUGAUAAGGGGUUAAUGGGGUCAAGGCUGAGUCAAGUUAAAGAUUAAAAACUGACCUAAAAAAGAGUUUGGCCUAAAAAAUUUGAGUUAAGCAUAAAAAAACUAGGCAUUAACCAAAAAAAAAAAACUUAAACCUAUUCUAAAAAACCGAAGUUUAAUUUAAAAAUUUUGGCCUAAUUCAAAAAUUUUGUAGAUUUUAAGUACCUACUUCUCCAUAUAUUGGUGCAUAACGUCCUUUUUUCUGUAUUAUUUCAUUAAUCGUAUCUACACAGCUUUGAAACGUAGAAAUAUUUUUCAGAGUUUAUUCGUUUUGUUAUUUUUCAAUUUUUCUAAUGCACUUUGUGAAGAUUUCUUUGACAAUGAAACAUAACAGAAAGUACCUCGUUAUUAUUGUGUAGUAACCCUUUCACGGAGAAAAUCUUCAACAAUGAGACUGUACAUUUAUGUAGAUGGGUGAGCUCCUCCUAAUUUCUCUUUCCUCUUAUAAACUAACGACAAUGGCAACUUUCUUUUCCCUUCUAAUCUGAUUUCAUUGACUAACCAAGUUGGUGAAUCAGAUAAUGUAAUAUAGUAAAAUGUGUAUAAAAUUGUUUGAUCCCCCAAGAAUAAGAGAAAUAUAAGGAAUAACAAACUGUGAA